UUACUCCCAAAAAAUGGAUAAUUUCCUUUCACAAUUAACAACUAUAGUACUAGCUAUAGCAUUAUUGUUUCUAUACAAAAUAUGGAGGAUUAAAAAACCUAGUAACAAAUCUAAGGGUAUGAAACCACCAGAACCAUCCUAUACCUUACCUAUAAUAGGUCACCUCCGUCUACUAGGAAACCAAAUCCCACUUGCAAGAAUCUUUGCAUCUUUUUCAGACAAAUAUGGUCCAAUUUUCCAAAUCCGUUUAGGAGCAUACCCUGCCCUUAUUAUUUCAAACCAAGAAGCAAUCAAAGAAUGUUUCACAACAAAUGACAAAAUCUUAGCUUCAAGACCAAAGUCAAGUCAUGGAAUCUACCUUGGUUAUAACUAUGCUGGCUUUGGUUUUGCAUCCUAUGGUACAUAUUGGACUAAGCUAAAAAAAUUAAUCAUGCUUGAAUUACUCUCGUCUCGUCGCAUAGAAUCGUUGAGACAUGUUUACGAAUCGGAAAUUGAUAAUUUUAUUAAGGAUUUAUUCUUGUAUGUUAAAGUUGGAAAGGUUAAGGUUGUGAUUAGUGAAUGGUUGGAAAGGUUAACAUUUAAUAUAAUCACAAAAAUGAUUUGUGGAAAAAGAUAUUUUGAGUAUUUACAAGAUGUGGAUGAUGUAGAAGCACAUGGUAAUAUUGUGAAACUUAUAAAAGAAUUUAUGCAUAUUUCUGGUGAGUUUGUUCCUAAGGAUUUGAUUCCAAUUCUUGGUUGGUUUGGUUUUCAAGGACAAGUUCUUAAAUCUAUGAAAAGAAUUGCUAAAGAUUUGGAUACACUUGUUGGAAGUUGGGUUGAAGAACAUGUUGAGAAGAGUAGUAAUGAUUCAAAUGAGAAACAUGAUUUUAUUGAUGUGAUGCUUUCUACGAUUGAAGAUGAUCCUGCUUCUGGUCAUAAUCGCGAUACUAUUAUCAAGGCAAAUGUUAUGAAUCUUAUGCUAGCUGGGUCAGACUCAGCAUCAACGAUAAUGACAUGGGUACUAGCCCUAUUGUUGAAUAAUAAAAAUGCUUUAAAGCAUGCACAAGAGGAGAUUGACCAUCACAUAGGUAAGAACAGAAGGGUAGAACCGUCAGACAUAAACAAUCUAGUUUAUGUACGAGCAAUUUUCAAAGAAACAUUGAGGUUAUAUCCGUCAGCUCCAAUAUUAGUACCCCAUGAAGGAACAGAAGAUUGUUACAUUCAAGGCUAUUAUGUUCCGAAAGGGACACGUGUGUUUGCAAAUGUAUGGAAAUUACAUAGAGAUUCGAGUAUUUGGUCAGAGCCUGAAAAUUUUUCCCCUGAGAGAUUUAUUAAUGAGAAUGGAGAAAUUGAUCAUGAAAGUCAUCAUUUUAAGUACCUUCCCUUUGGAUUAGGAAGAAGAGCUUGUCCUGGAUCUAUGUUUGCUACACAAGUUUGUCACAUUACACUUGCUCGUUUGCUUCAUGGAUUUGAUUUUGAAGUGCCAAUGAAUGAAGUUGUUGAUAUGAGAGAAGGGUUGGGUAUAACUUUGCCUAAGUUAACUCCAUUGGAAGUUGUUUUGACCCCACGAUUACCCUAUGAACUCUAUCAAUGAUGCACAUUUUUCUUUUUGUAUGU